AUGUCCUGUCAUCAGUCUAUACAAUAUCAGCGUCUAAGAACUACACAUGAAUUAUACUCACCGUGGUGGUCUCCUCUGGCGCAGUGGAGACGGAGAAAUGAAGGAUGGUUACGCCAACGUUUACGAUAUAGAAGAAAUCCUAGCCGAAGAAGUUCUAUUUCUGUCGAGGAUGAGAAACUUGGUGGGAGGCGCGAACCUAAUGUUUCUGAAGAGCACGGGGAGAAUGAGGAUAAUGCUGUGGAUGAUGCUGCGUUGCAAUUGACACUUAGUAGUAACAGAGCUUUUGGUUCGGAUUCUCGCGAUGAUAAUACUCUGAGUCCGAACAAUGUUCCCAUUAGGGACACCACUUCCGCGUCAAACACUACCUCGAAGUCGAAUAAUGACUCAAAGUCAGACGUUGGAAAAGGCAUGCAGCAUAAUUCGAACAAACCUGAGAAAUCAUCAGAGCAAGCAGCGACUAAAAUUCGAGGCGGAGGAGCCGAUAUCUCUAGAAACAUCAGCUGUAGUGGAGCACACCAAGAUUCAUCUCCCAGUACCCUAGACUCCGAAGCACCUUCCAAAACCUGGGUCAGCCGAUUCAAGAAUACUCAAAAAUCCAACAAAUCCCGACGAAGACGGAACCGCACGCAAAGUUCCACCUCACUAAACGGGCUCCGAUUCGCCUUACACAAGAGAGAAUACCGUAAUCUCGGCAUCGAGUUUUCAUACACAGACAUGACACGAGCCGAAUUCCAAUGGAAACUUCAAAGUCUUACAAUCGGAAAUGGGAAUCUUAGGAAACCCAAACCGGGUAGAUCGAAUCUCCGUUAUUGCUUGUCUUAUUCUAUGCAGGCGAUUGAUACGGUUUCUGCUGUGGGAAAUAUACCCUGGAAUAAAUAUCGACAGUGGUUUUCUCUUAGGAGAACGGCGCGUGCGGCGGCUUCUUGUAUGGGUCUUUAG